AUUUUGUAAAAAAGGGUGGUACAUCUAAAAUUAAUAUUGAUUUCUAGACAAACUGGAAAGAUUUGCCGAGAGUUAUGGAGAAAUCGGUAGAUCUACUUACUGUGGAUGUGGACCGAUUGUUCAAACAGCAUAAUGUUGCCGAAAUCGACCUGGUACACAAGCGCCUGCUGGAUGAGAUUGAGCUCAAACGGGAAGAGCUGCGAACGAUGGUCGGCGAACGUUACCGGGAUCUUUUGAAAGCUGCCGAUACGAUUGGUGACAUGAAACAAACGGCCAGUUCAAUCAUAGUAAAUGUGAACCGUAUUACUGAACGUUGCCAGCAGCUGAAUGAUCAUAAUCUGAUUGGAUUCCGCACCGGCAACGACUAUCAACGAUUGCAGAAAAAGCACCGAGAUCAUAGUUUCCACGGAGUGAUAGUGCAGAUAAAACUACUCACCAGUCUACCGGAAAUGGUCUGGAGUUGCAUCGACAGGGAGGAUUACUUUGUCGCCACACAGCUAUUCAUCUUUGCCCGCCACAUUUCGACCGGCCUCAACUUGGACACGGAGCGUGAAACCAUGCGUAAAUUCCCCGUCGCCGCCAAACAGUGGCAGGUGCUGAGUCAGUUCUUUUUCACCAUCGAAAACGCUUGCCGCGAUUCGCUGGCACGGGAAGAACUCUCGGUGGCGGUAGCGUCGAAAAGCUUGGCCAGUUGGCUGCUGCUCGAAUCGUGUUCGGUUCAGGAAACACUCCCGAUGUUCACCGAACGGCGAUCAAAAGCAUUUCUCACGGUGCUCGAUGAGAACGGACGGUCGGCCUAUGAGAAGGUUAAAGAUAAGCUGCUGGCCAGCCUACACGUACUCAUCGAUACGGUACGUCUGUAUUACGAAUGUUUCAUAGAUGAUGGCACCGGGGGCAACCGUAUGGGAGGUUUCCAGCGGGAACUAGAACACAUCACCGGGGACCGAGCGGCCCCAACGAUACAGCUGAUCAGAUCGGAAGACCCUAUGAUUAUGCAAAUGGUACCGGAAAUGAUUGCCAAAUUUCGUCCCCGAUUGCAAGCGGUCACCGCACUGAGCGAAACCGAGGUUCGGUCGGAAGUGAGUGCGUUUCUGAAAGGGAUAGAAACGUCCGUGGAGGGUAGCCUGCGCCGGUUAGUAAGUCUCGUUCCAUCGAUAAAAACACUUCACGACAUUAAAACGCAGGCGCAAGCCAUGGAGAAACCAUCCAACUGGGCAGCAAUCACUGGGACGUUGGGUUUACCGGAAGGUACAGACUUCUAUGGCACGUUUUACCAGCGGCUGAUAAACGACCGCAUUAAGUUCAUAGUUAAAUCGGCGUGGAGUGAAACGGUUCGUCAAACGCACGCCGACGUGCAACAGCUGUUGCAACAGAAACCGAUCGAUUUGAAAGCCUACGUGUGGAAGGAAUCACUCGACGACGUGCCGAUGAACCUCAAGAGUGCACUUGACCGAACGAAGCCUUCCGCUCGGAAGCUGCUCAUGAAAGCUAAAGCCUACACGCCGGUGUUUGUGGAUCUGGUCGAUUCUCUUAACGAACGGCUCCAUAGUCUAACGGGUGACAUAGCAUCUUUUCUGGCCUCAUCUAGUCGCGCGGAAAUAGACCAGCUGCUCACAUUUUUCCGCCAAUGUUGCGUGGAAGGCAUCGCCGACCUGGUGACGGCCAUCAAAUCCGCUCCAUUUGAACCCACCGUCGAGCGUUACGCACUGUUGGCACGAUUUCUCACGGCCGUCCGAGAACUCUGCCCUGCCCUGCGGAACUGUUUCAUCGCCGCCACCCCUGAUGCCAAGAAUGUAUGGCCCGGUCGAAGAUCAUCGUUCGCCAUCACCGUUUCCGAGGAAGACCCGGAACGGUGGGAAAAGGUAUCGGGACUGCUCGACGAGGAAAGUGUCCGCUUCUGGACACUUUGGAUGGAUCUGUUCCACGCCAGUUGGCCCCCACUGUCGCAGGACGUAGGAUACGGUACGCUGCUGAACGAUUUUCCAGCCUGGGAAACGGUAACGAUCGAGGAAAACGACGAACACAACCAACCGAUCCAGUCGACCAUUCGCGUCCCUUCGCAACCGAGCAUCUCACUGCAAAAGUUCCUCCACCAUGUGUACGAACUGCUGAACGCAGUCAUUCCCCAAACCAUUCCCAAACCGAUCAUGCUCGACGUCGUCACGCGGCUGGCGGUGGGUCUGCUUACGCACUACGACGCGCUGGCCGGGAACGAGUUCGUCUCGCAGAAUCAAACCGUGGCACUUCAGUUCUAUCUGGAUCUCCGGUUCCUGCAGCUGAUGUUCGUCGGUCGCGAUCAGAAGCAGUUGAACGAACGAUUCAGCGUCCUGAUCGGGCGCUUCAAGGCCUACAUCGAUCCGUUCGAUUUCGAUGUUUUCUACACGCAUUUGAAUGCGAAUGUUAAACGCUCGGCUAGCAAGCUUCAGCACUUUCUCGGUGCGUUCGUUUGCCACAGUGACCAGCUGGCCACGGCAAUCGGCGCUGGGGGGACGUCAACCGGUGGCACAAAGUUGGGAACGCAGGAAAAAAAUCCAAACAUACUUUCGCUCAGUUCAAACAGCUUAAAUGUUAUGUGGUUCCCGCUGUUGCCCGUGGUUAGCAAGGACACUGCAAUAUUGACCACCGCGAAUGUCGCUGGUGAGAGUACCGGAAUGAAGGAUCAAAGAAAACCAUCACCCCUAGCUGCCGAACCGGUCCCGGCAACGGUGAAGAGUACGGCCCCAAAACCAUCGGCCAAGGACGCAACGGCAACCUCGGCACAAGCGUACGCCAAGGGCGCGGCAGCCUUCUUCGGGCUCGACAAGGACUGGUUCCGAUAAAGGGGCGGAGAAAGGUUCCCGGUUACAGUUUUCGGGUCUGUUCACAAGCACGUUACAAACAGUGGAAGUAUUUGUUUAGCUCAUUGUUAUUUUAUUCCGAUUUAAAGCGUAAAUGUAUAUUGCAACGGAGAAAACGAAAAUACAGUAAUAUACAAUCUUAAUCGUACAGCGGCACGUUUCUACAGGUGUGUUGAGGUUGAGGUUUAAUUUCUCCCUCUCUCUCUCUCUCUCUCUCUCUCUGGUGGUGGCGAUGCUGUGUCGGAUGGGUGGGAUGAAGUGGCGAAAGUGAUGGAAAAUACUACAGCAGCGGAUUGGUUUUCGUUAACUAUUGUUUGCGUUAUCGCUUUUCGGGUUGUGGUUUUUUUGUUUGUGUGUAAAAAGUCCUAGCUUUAGCAAAAACUAUCGCGCAAAAAGCCAUCAAUAAAUACAUCGGUGAAGACGACCCCUUCAUUAUCAUCAGUAGAUACAAAUUUUCACAGUCCAAAUCACAAUUCAAAUUCGUUGUUC